AUGAGUAACUAUGGAGUCAUUAUCAAUGGAAGAAUAAUUCAAGACAAAAUCUGGAGAAAGCUUUGGAAGACUAAAACUGCUCAUAGAAUAAAACUUAUUGUAUGGAAAUGCAUACAUGAAGAUAAUUCAACAAGAAUGAAACUGAGCUUGCACAACACCAGUAUUCAAACACAGUGUGCCAUCUGCCAUCAGAGUGAGGAAACUAUGGAGCAUUUACUUUUUAAUUGCAGACAUGCUUGGAGGGUCUGGAAAAUGUUUGAUAUAAACAUUGAGGAAGUUCAAAGAAGAGGUAUUAGUGUCUCUGAAUGGAUGGAAAGUUGGUUUCAGAACAAUAAUGGCGCCAUUGGGGAAAAGAUACUAUACACCAUGAUGCUAUGUGUCUGGAUAAUUUGGAAAGGUAGAUGUGAUGUAGUAUUUCAGGGGGUAUCUCUUAACUCUUUUACAUCCAUGCACAAAAUACAAUAUCAUCUGCAGUCCCAUUUCCAUGAUAACAAUGCAUCCACUCAUAAUAUCAAAACUCAUAGAACCUCUCAUUGGAAACUUCCUAUGCAUGAUAUUCUAAAAUUGAAUGUUGACGCUUCUUAUGAUUAUGAUACUAACCAAAGUGGUAUUGGUAUUGUUAUACGUUCUCAUACAGGAAAAUGCGAAGGGAUCAAAGGAAGCUAUGCAGAUGGAAUACUGAGUCCGGAGAUGAGCGAAUGCAUGGCAGUACGUGAAGCAUUGAUAUGUGCCAAAGACAAACAAUUUCAACGAAUUCACAUAGAAGCCGAUGCAAAACUUGUUAUCCAGUCAAUAACAGGCGACAUUCUUCUCAUACAAUGGGAGAAUAAAACCCUUCUUAAGGAAAUCAUUCAUUUAAGCUCAAGUUUUUUACAUUGCUCUUUUUCUUAUAUUGGUAGAGAUAACAAUCGAGUAGCCGAUGCAGUUGCAAAAACUGUCAGGGGAACAACUACUAAUUUAGAUCUUAUUAAUAAUUUCCCUGAAGAACUAUGUAACCGUCUGGCAAGCGAUAACAACCUUGCCAAUAAUUAA